AUGGAGCAGGUCCCCGAAAGUCCUACCUUGUCGUCCGAAGAAGAGUCAUGUGAAGAGUUCUACCAGCGUUCCCACAAGCGGGACGGUGCUGGGCGUUACGUCGUUGGUCUGCCGUUCAAAGAAGGUGUGGUUGAGUUGGGUGAGAGUCGUUCAAUGGCAUUGCGACGAUUCUUGUUCCUGGAACGGCGGUUGGAGAAGGAUCCUGAGCUCAAGCACGAGUAUUCGAAGUUCCUGCGGGAAUACGAAGAGUUGGGUCACUGUGAGCUGGUGGAUGAGACUAAGGACAAACCUGGGACCAAGGCCUACUACAUGCCGCACCACGCGGUAUUGCGACCGUCGAGCACCUCAACCAAACUGCGUGUGGUAUUUGACGCAUCCGCCAAGUCUUCGUCUGGAACAUCGUUGAACGAUCUGCUGAUGGUUGGUCCCCGGUUCAAGACAGUCUGUUCGCCAUCCUACUGCGCUUUCGCCUCUGUCCGUAUGUCUUCAGUGCCGAUCUCUAAGAUGUAUCGGCAAAUUCGCAUCGACCCAGACCACUCGAGCUUCCAACGAAUCUUCUGGCGGGAGAAGCCCGGUGACCCACUCAAGGUGUUUGGUCUGAGCACGGUCACGUACGGAACGGCGUCGGCACCCUUCCUGGCUACUCGCACUCUGGUCCAGCUGGCAGAAGACGAACAGAAAGAGUUUCCCAUCGGCGCUAAAUUACUGAAAGAGAGUUUCUACGUGGACGAUUGUCUGUGUGGAUUCGAGACGUUGGAAGAGGCUGCACAAGCUAUCGACGAGCUCAGGGGAAUCCUUAGCAAAGGUGGGUUUCCCAUUCAUAAGUGGUGUUCAAACUCGCAGCAGCUACUGGAUUUGGUGCCCAAGGACGAGUGGGAGAAGCGAGCGGAGAUACUGCACUCUAGCGUCAAUCAAACCGUGAAGACGUUAGGGUUACUGUGGGAGCCCGAAACCGACCAGUUUCUGUUUCGCUCAAGCAUGGACACAACCUUCGACGAUUGUCCAACCACAAAGCGUCUGAUUUUGUCGACGGUUGCCAGGAUCUUCGACCCACUCGGUUUGAUCUCUCCCGUGAUCGUGGAAGCAAAGUUGCUGAUACAGGACAUCUGGGCAAAGGGCCUGGAUUGGGACCAGCCGGUUCAAGGAAAGUUGCUGCAACGGUGGAUCGAGAUUCGGAGUUCUCUACGUCAAGUGUCGGAGAUAAGCUUCCCACGGUUGGUCAACAGCACAAACGCCGUGCGCAGAGAGCUGCACGGUUUCGCCGACGCUUCCAAGCGAGCCUACGGCGCAAGUGUUUACCUGCGGUGCGUGAACCCCGACGGAUCGGUCACCAUGCACCUGCUGUGCAGCAAAUCCCGGAACGCACCUACACCAGAGAUCACCAUCCCAAAAUUGGAACUCUGUGCCGCGAAGCUUCUGGCGGAACUGAUGGUGAAGGUAAUCGAAGCAGUGAAGAUGGAUUUCGACGACAUCGUCCUCUGGUCUGACAGCCAGAUUGUCCUUGCUUGGUUGAAAAAGGACCUACACCAGCUGUCAGGAUCCUUUGUCAAGAAUCGAGUUGCCGACAUCGUCGCCCUAACAAACCAGUUCACGUGGAAGUACGUCAGAUCGAAGGAGAACCCUGCAGACAUUGUUUCCCGAGGAAAGCCGGCCAGAGAGCUGAAGAAGGACAAUCUCUGGAGGCACGGACUAGUUCUACUAGGCCAACCAAACUACCAAGCCGAGAGCCCACCUGAGCUGCCAGACGAAGAAAUACCCGAGCUCAAACCCGUCGUGGCCAGUGCACCACUUUUAUCGCCAACGUUGGAAGACUUCCCCGUUCUUACCAAAAUCAGCAGCUUUCGAAAACUCCAGAGGGUGUUUGGCUUCGUGCUCCGGUUCGUAGACAACUGCCGCCGCAAGGACAACAGGGUCGUGUCGGACCAUCUGACGAUUGGAGAGCUUCGGCGGUCCCUCAAGGCGUUGGUCCGCUUGGCGCAGCAUACCAGCUCAAUUGGAAGCGACAUCAAGCGGGUGGAGCGAGGUGACCCUUGCAAGCAGGUUCAGUCGCUCAAUCCAUUCAUCGAGGACGGCGUGAUUCGAGUUGGUGGGAGAAUACAAAAAUCAAAACUAUCGUACGAGACCAAACAUCCGAUGAUACUACCUCACAAGCACCCCAUCGUGACAAGCCUCAUCCGAGCACUCCACAAGGAGCAUCUUCACGUGGGCCCGUCCGGGUUGCUCGCGGCCGUCCGCCAGCGGUUCUGGCUGAUCAACGGAAGAUCCGCCGUACGAGAAGUCACGCACAGGUGCAUGACGUGCUUUCGUUCCAACCCGAGUGGAUCGCACCAGCUGAUGGGAAAUCUUCCAGAGUGCCGUGUUGUCCCGUCGGCACCGUUCGAGUCUACCGGGGUAGACUUCGCUGGGCCGGUGUACAUCAAGUACGGAAUUCGGCGUCCCGCCGUCGUGAAAGCUUAUAUCUCCGUGUUCAUCUGUAUGACGACGAGGGCCAUCCACCUAGAGCUGGUUUCCGACUUGACCUCGGAGGCCUUCCUGGCUGCGCUCCGUCGCUUCACGUGCCGCAGAGGAUACCCCCGUCAAAUGCUGUCCGACAACGGUCUGAAUUUCGUUGGCGCCAACAAGGACUUGAAGGAACUGGUGAGGCUCUUCAAGGAGAAACAGACGCUGAAAGAGAUAAACGAGUUCUGUGAGCCACGAGAAAUCGAAUGGAACUUCAUUCCGCCAAGAGCCCCAAACUUUGGUGGAUACUGGGAGGCCGGAGUAAAGAGUGUUAAGACUCACCUCAAACGAGUUCUUGGAAAGACGCCACUCAGCUUCGAAGAGUACGCCACCGUCUUGACGCAGGUGGAGGCGAUCUUAAACUCUCGGCCGCUUUUCGCUCACAGCAGUGACCCAACAGAACCGACUGCCAUAACCCCGGCCAUUUCCUGA